GUUCAACUACCUUAAUGUGAAAAUCGUUAUCUUUAUUUCUUAUCGGUUAUCAAGUAUUUAGGCGCAUCGUAGAGUAAUAUCGUUCAUUAAUUCAAAUGAACUCCAUCCAAAGUUCUUAAUUAUGAAGUGGUUAUUAAUAUUCGUAUUGUCUCUGUUUUUAAGAUGUCCCAAUCAACAGGUGUCAACGGCAGAAACCAUACCGGACACUUAUAGCUUCCAAGAGUCUGGGUGCGGAAACAAUGCCAACCAAACUGGAAAAUUGUUUGGUAGUUUUACUUCAAUGAACUACCCAAUAGGAUAUGAAAAGAAUUCACAAUGCUCUUGGAUAAUACAGGCCCCUCGGGGAUGGAUAGUACUCGCUUGGUUCGAUGACCAGUUCGAUAUUGCGGAAGAGAAGUUUCUUGGACGAUCAUUCUGCAGAGACGAUUACGUUGUUUUAUAUGAUAACGCUCCUGUCAAUUCCCGGAUGAUAGGACGUUAUUGUGGGACACAGCCUCCGUUCCCCAUUAAUACCAUGAGCAAUCGUAUGAUCGUGCAGUUUUUUACUGGAACAGUUGGAAGUGGCAAAGGGUUCAAGUUAUACUGGCGUUUGAUUGAAGUUGAACGACCAUCUACAACGAUACCUCCUACGACAACUCAAAUUACAUAUAGCACACGUCACCCAGCAUCCACCACACAGUUUCCGGAUCAUAAAUGCGGAACGCCGGCAAUUCAACAAAAUCUUGCACAAAAUCGCAUAGUGGGUGGCGUUGAAGCGAAACCCGGAAGCUGGCCAUGGGUGGUGUCUAUACAUCUCGACAAUUCACACAUCUGUGGGGCCACGUUGAUCCAUCCACAGUGGCUUUUGACGGCUGCACACUGCUUUGACUCAGUACGUGCAUUAGAUCGACUUGACGCCCGGACUGGAAAACACAAUCGUUUUUCCAUUGAUUCAACGGAGCAGAAAUAUCGUUUUGAGAGGAUCAUCAACCACCCGGACUACAAUGAUCUAUCCAGUGAUAGUGAUAUAGCGCUCGUUAAACUUACAGAAGUUGUUCAGCAAGGAGAUAGGGUUAGUUUCGCAUGCCUUCCAGAAACGGACGUAGCUGCUGGACGUAUGUGCUAUGCAACGGGGAUGGGGGAAACACAAGGAACAUGCUGCAUUGGAAAAAUGAAACAAGUUGCUGUUCCAGUGAUAGACCAGAAAGUAUGUAAUGGUACAGACUACUUCAAUGGUGAUAUUACAAACUCCAUGAUGUGUGCAGGGUAUGCCCAAGGUGGAAGGGACUCUUGUAAGGGAGAUAGUGGAGGACCAUUAAACUGUAUGGUGGAGAACAGAUGGAUGGUGCAGGGAGUUGUGUCGUGGGGUAUAGGAUGUGCAGAGAAGAACAAGCCAGGAAUUUACACCAACGUUGUGCGUUAUGUAGAUUGGAUCAAAAGAACUAUAGCCAUCAGCUAAAUCAAUGAAACACCUGGGAAAACAAGACUACGUAAACUGACGCACAAAGAAAUCGCCCAUCAUCGUUAAGAGACUACUCGAUUUCAUUAGACAUGGAAUUUCUAAUAAAUAAAGAGCGACUGAGUGCAAUCCAGGAUUUGUUUUAUUACUACAAAUUAAGUAUAUUGUCGUUGAAAUAGUUUUUAAUGAUUCCAAAGAAUGAUAAUAACAGAACUUGUUAGAC